AAAUCAUAAUAUAUAAGGUUAUGCAGCAGCUCAACUAACAGCAUCUGAUCUUCAGAGUUUGUACACAGAAAUCCACUGCAGAAACUUCAAAAAUCAUGAACGCUUUCCUGAUGUUAACCAUUAUUGGCGUCAGCAUCAUUCUGUCUGAUGCCGUGCAGCCUCUGGGUGCGGGUUACAACAGCCGAUGCGUGUGUCUCAAACUGGAGUCACGUAUCAUCCCGCAACAGAACCUGCGACGCGUGGAGAUCCUGCCCAGAGGCCCGCACUGCAAGACUACUGAGGUUAUUGCUGGUUUGUCGAGUGGAGAGAGGAUCUGUCUGAACCCCAGGACACCAUGGGUUAAAAAACUCAUUCAGUUCAUUGAGAGAAAGGAUCGUGUGAUCAAGAAAGUUUAGAUGACACUGAUGUUGUAACUUCUAUUUCUUUAAUUCUCACUACUCACAAGACUCAUUUGACGAGUUUUUAACACUUGUAUGCUACUUUUGUCAUCACUGACAGAUUUUUGGUUCCUGUUAAAUAUUGUCUUUUUAUCUUGAGCCUCUCAUUUUGACUGAUACGUGUUUGUCCUGACAAUUACUUCAAGAUGAACCAAAAUGAUGUGUAUGCUAUACACUACAAUUACCGUCUUGUACAUUGAUUUUCAUUUUACACUGAUACAAUCAAAGUUUUUGGUAUAGCUUGUAAUUGCCGUUUCACUGGAAAAAAAACUGGAAUGUAUGGAUGAUGUUUUAUAAUAAAUCAUUUCUUCAAUAA